GGUCACGGCUUCUUAGUUCCGGCGUGAUUACCCACGCCGCCUCUUUCCGACCGCGAGGCCGGAGACCUCCGUGGCUCCUGUCGGAACUGGCGCCUGGGUGUGAGUGAACAGAGUGCCGGCUGGGAGCCGUGCCCGCAGUGGAUUCACCGAUUGACACUGCCACCAACAAUGUACAAGGGUUUCCUUUUUCGUCACAUCCUCACUAACACUUGGUACCAGAAUGUUGGCUUUGUAUCUGAAGCUCCUGGAACUUUUCUCUUAUUGAGAUAGAACUUGGUUCAAAUCACAUCGCAUAUAUAUAGUACACAUGUGCUUCACCCAAGAAUUAUUAGAAUCCUCUAGUAAAACAAAUUGGAACUAUAGUGGGAGUUCUGUCUGGGAAGAUGCAGCCUCUGAACAAGUUGAUGGCUAUCUUAAAACCUCAAAGCCUGACUCUACAUGAACAAAGUGAGGCCCUGAAAGCACAUGUGUCUUGGCAGCAGGAAUCCAUCCCAGUCAUGGAAACAUGUGACUCUGAGGCCUCUCGUCAAAAGUUCAGACAUUUCCAGUAUUUGGAUGUGUCUGGGCCUCAUGAAGCCCUGUGCCAACUCUGGAAGCUCUGUCUUCAGUGGCUGAAACCAGAAGUUCAUACAAAGCAACAGAUCCUAGAGCUGUUGGUACUGGAACAAUUUCUGACAAUUCUCCCUGAAGACAUUAGGACUUGGGUAAAUUUACAACAUCCAAAGAACAGCAAGGAAGUGGUGACCCUCAUAGAGGAUGUGAUUGGAAUGCUUAAAGAUGAAGAGACACCCUGCAAGGAUUCUGUCCCGCUCCAGAAGGGGAGCAUCAAGGAGAAAAUGGAAGCUGACUCACUGACUAGCAAUUCCCAGGAACCAAUAUCAUUCAAAGAUGUGAUUGUGGAAUUCAGCAAGGAAGAGUGGGGACAACUGGACCCUGCUGUAAAGAACCUGUACAGGGAUGUGAUGCUGGAGAACUAUAGGAACCUGAAUUCAUUGCAUCAAGAACAUGUAUUUUCCAAACCAGUUGAGCUCUCUGAGUUGGAAAGUAAGGACAGAAGAUGGAUAAUAGAGCAAGAAAUCCCAAGCACAUCUUUUUUUGACAGAGAGGUAAUUUCAGAAAACCAAGAUUCAGUUACAAAGGAGAGAAUUUCUGGAGAAUCAUCGUCUCAUGGAGAAAUUAUGAGAAGACUGACCAAAAGUGGACCCCCUUCUUCAGAUGCUUGGAUGAGUGAUGAUUGGCUAUACAGGAACCAGGAACACUGGGACAUAAAUUUGCCAGAAGAAGCUUUUGUUCACAAGACAGUCUCCACUGAGGAGGGAAACUUUGAAGGUAGUGAGAAUAAGAAAAGCUUAGAUGUUGAGUCAGUUAAUUCAAUUUUUGAUAUGCAACAGGGAAUUCCUAUGAAAAAGGGGUUCUCAAAAUGUGAUAAGUUUAAAACUAAUUUCAAAUUUAAUUUAGAUUCAGUAGGUAAGCAACAUUUAGAAUAUAAUAAAUGUGGAAAUGCCUUGAGCCUGAGUAUAGACAUUCAGCACCCAGAAAGUCAUACCUUAGUGAAUUCCUAUGAAUGCUAUCAAUGUGGGAAAGCCUUCAGCCGGAGUUCAUCCGUCAUUCGACAUCAGAUCAUUCACACAGGAGAGAAACCCUAUAAAUGUAGUGAGUGUGGGAGAUUCUUCAACAGACGUACAAAUCUUACUAAGCAUCAAAAAAUUCAUGCUGAAGCAAAGGUCUGUGAAGGCAAUAAAUGUGGAAAAGCUUUCAGUGAGAGUAAAAAUAGUAAUAAAAAUUCAAGACUUUAUUCUGGAGAUAAUCCCUACGAAUGUGUUAACUGUGGAAAAUCCUUCAGCCGGAGCUCCUCCCUUAUUCGACAUCAAAUGAUUCAUACAGGAGAGAAACCAUUCAAAUGUAAAGAAUGUGAGAAGACCUUCAAUAGGAGUUCAAACCUUAAAAAACACCAAAAACUUCAUACUCAAGAGAAGGAAGAAACCCAGGAUUACCUACAUCAAUGAAUUUAUACUGGAGGGAACCCUGUGAAUGUAGUAAAUGCAAUAAAACGUU